UUGCCUCUCACCACUCCAAAUCGAGAAGCAGAGCACACGCCACCGCUGGCGAACCAUUCUUGCGGCAGCUGCUGAAAGAAAUGGUUGUCGGCGAGUGGACGCGGGGGCCGGCUAUCGGGCGGGGCUCUUCGGCCGUCGUGUCACUCGCCGUCGACUGCCACACGGGGGAGUUCUUCGCGGUGAAGUCCGUCGGGGCCGACAGGGCCGGGGAGCUACUGCGGGAGCAGAGCAUCAUGUGUGAUUUGAGCUCGCCGUAUGUCCUGCGGUGCCUGGGCUCCGGCGUAUCCGCGGCGGAGGACGGUGGGACGUCGUACGACAUGUUCCUGGAGUACGCACCCGGCGGGUCGCUCGCCGACGAGAUCAAGCGGUGCGGCGGCGGGUACGAGGACAGCCUGAUCCGGUCGCGCGCGCGUGACAUCCUGUGCGGCCUGGCGCAUGUCCAUGCCGCCGGGGUUGCGCACUGCGACGUGAAGGGCCGGAACAUCCUCAUCGGAUCCGACGGCCACGCCAUGAUCGCCGAUUUCGGGUGCGCGCGGCGGGUGGCGGUCGGUCACGGUGGCUGCAUUGCCGGCGGGCGGCCGAGGGGCGGCACCCCUAUGUUCAUGGCGCCGGAGGCUGCGCGGGGCGAGGAGCAGGGGCCGGCGGUGGACAUAUGGGCCCUCGGCUGCACGGUCAUCGAGAUGGCCACCGGCGGCGCGCCGUGGCCAGAAUUCACCGACCCCGUCGCCGCGCUCCACCACGUCGCGUUCUCCGGCGAAGUGCCGGAGUUCCCCCGGUGGCUAUCGGACGACGGCAAGGACUUCUUGGCCAGGUGUUUGCAGCGGGACCCUAGGGAGAGGUGGACGGCGGAGCAGCUGCUCGACCACCGAUUCGUAGUUACCGUCGCCUCCUCGUCCUCCAAUUCCAUGCCAAGAAUCUCCGACAAGGAUAUAUUCGUCUCCCCCAAGAGCAUUCUCGAUCAGGUCUUGUGGGAUGACUCGACGGCGGACACCAACGACACCGCGGCGCCGACAGACAGAGUCCGCUCUCUGGCCGCCGGCGCGCCAGUCGUGCCGGACUGGACAUGGGACGCGAAUUGGAUCACGGUCCAUUCAGGCAGCAUCGUGGAAGACGACGACACCGCAGCGUUGCCGGAGGGAGACGACGGCGAUAGUGAUCGCCUCGCCGGCAGCUCCACCCCCGCUGGUAGCCCGACGUCGCGGGGUUCACAUGCGUCCCAUGGCGAUUCCUGCGGCGAUGUGCUCCGCUGUAACGGCGAUUGUUACGGUGACAUGAGUAGCUGUAGUGCCGAUUGUUACGGUGAUGUGAGUAGCUGUUAUGACGGGUGUAGCGAACGCUUUUGCGGUGGUAAUCACGUGAUGAGCGAUUGUACCCCUGCAAUCACAAGCAAAGGAUUCUUUCCGAGAUGUUGUGUUACUACUACUUUUGGUGUUGUUGAUGUUGUUACUUUUUUCUUGUCCGAGCUGGCCGUUUACUUUCCCCCGUCGUUGUUACUCAAUUCCUGCCGUUGCCUUACUAUU